AAUGUUGGGAAAAAAAACAAAACAAAUCUAGUCGCUACCAUCCAGGAGCUCCAGUACUUUGGAUUUCUCUCCGGGUUGUGAUAAUCUGAAAGGCUUUAUAAGAUGAGGAGAAAAAACAGGGCGAAAGCAGCCUCACAGGAAGCUGUGGAGAAGAAAGAUUUCACCUAUUCAAAGAAAAAAGGGAGCGCACCUCCGGGUGGAGUGAACCAGCAGGAUAAUCUCUCCAGAAACCCCGCUGGAAGAGGCCUUGGAAAAGCCGGAGCCAAACGUCUGGGCCGGCUGCUCAAACGGGUCAUCCAGCCUCAGGAGGAGCCGGCGGGAAAAGCAAACGCUUCAGUGCCAAAGACCCCCGUUCGUCUUUUCAAGCAUCAGAUUGAAACAAAGGCCAACAAAGCUCCCAAGGCGGAGCCCUCGAAGCAGCAGGUCUCUCAGCUCAUCCUCAGCGUGGUCUCCGAGUGCAAACACAGAGGUGGCAUCUCCAUGGCCGAGCUCAAGCAGACGCUGGCUGCCCAGGGCUACGACGUGGCAAAGAACAACCGGCGGGUUAAGGUGGUGACGGAGCGGCUGGUCAAAGACGAGACCCUGGAGCGAACUACGAGAAACACCUCCUUCAGACUCAGCAAUAAGAAAGCAAUGGAAGUGAAGGCAGUAAAGACGAGCCCAGCAGCGUCCCCGGAGCCGCCAAGGGAGGUGAGGGCAGCCAGCAAAUCACCCGAAGGAGCAGCAGAGUCCCAGAAAAAAGAAAAAAAGAUGCCCAAAGCAAGAGGCAAAAUGCAAAAGCUGAAAGCAAAUACCAGCAGAGCGGCAGGGAAGGUCCAGAAAAAAAGACGACAGGCAACGAAACCCGGAGGAAAAUCCCCAAAACCAACCAGAAAGAAACCUCAGCUCGCGAAGAGCCGCACCACGCAGGGUAAAAAGCCACCGGCGAAGGCUAGAAGUAGACAGAGGAAUCAGCCGAAGCAGGUCACAUCUUCCCGCAAGAGACAACCACAAAGAGGGAGACUACCCAAGACAAGGGUGCAGGCGCAGCGCCGUCGGAAUACCAAAACCCGCAAGCGCUAAGCCUGGCAAUAAAAAUUAAACAUUUUUAG